UCCCGUCCCUUCUUGUUUAACCUUCUUCCUGCUUUCUCUGCCUCUGUGCUGCAAUUGGUGGGGUGGUGUGUGAUGUCACUCUGUACAUAUUGUCAAGUUGACAAGCUGAUGUAAGCUGCUCUUCACAUAAACAACAACAGCUGUGCCGAAGCUUCACUUGCUCAAUAUUUGAAGCAGUUAGGUAACUGCGUUCUGGUUUGAGAAGAAAAUAAAAAGAUGUUGUGAAUUAAGCUGUGUGUCCUGGUUCCAGGUGCUGUCCUCAGUGUAAGCUGAGCUGCACUUUAUUAAUAAAUAAUGAAGCAGUCAGCUCAUAAGUCAGACACAGACAGCUUUUUCUGCUAGCUGUCCUCCGAAGAACGCACCCAGACCUCCACAAACAGGCUACUGGAACCAGAGCAAAACAUUUCCAAAGACUGUCUGGGCUUCUGUUCAUUCAGGAUUUAGUUUCAGGAUUGUGUUUUUGGUUUUUUUGUCUAGUCUUGUGAAGAACCUCACCGAUCAUGAACCCAGAAUAUGAUUACUUGUUCAAGCUUCUUCUUAUUGGUGACUCUGGAGUUGGAAAAUCGUGUCUGCUGCUGCGCUUUGCGGACGACACCUACACUGAGAGCUACAUCUCCACUAUCGGAGUUGACUUCAAGAUCAGGACCAUCGACAUGGAUGGGAAGACGGUGAAGCUGCAGAUUUGGGACACCGCAGGUCAAGAGAGGUUUCGAACCAUCACCUCCAGCUACUACAGAGGGGCGCACGGUAUCAUCAUUGUUUACGAUGUCACCGAGCAGGAGUCUUUCAACAAUGUGAAGCAGUGGUUGGAAGAGAUAAAUCGCUACGCCUGCGAGAACGUCACCAGGCUGCUGGUGGGAAACAAAUCGGACCUGAUCAGUAAAAAAGUGGUGGAUGCUGCCACAGCUCAGGAUCUGGCCUCAUCUCUAAAGAUCCCCAUCCUGGAGACCAGCGCCAAGAGCUCUGACAACGUGGAGAAAGCCUUCCUCACCAUGGCCUCUGAGAUCCACAAGAGGCUCGCCAGCGAGGGAGGGGGCAUGCAGGGAGAGUCGACACAGGCCAGAGGUCAGACCACCAAGAUCAACAGUGCUCCUGUGUGGCUCGGUGGGGACAAACAGACACCAGAGGCCAGUAACUGCUGCUGAGGAACAAUGAAACAUCUUAAACACAUGAACAUGACUUAUUUCCAGAUUGUAACCGUGUACCCAGUGCACCUAUUGUCAUGUUUACUGGUAAAGCUAACACCUAAAACUGGGACUUUGGAAUGUUUGUAGCUUGAUUAGAAAAUUAUUUUUUGACCAGUAUUUAUUGUGUCAGUAUGGCUUUAUUAAAAUGGGGAAGGGAAGUAAAUGAACAACAGGGAUGCUUUAUUUUUAAUUAUAACAACUGCAAAGAGUUAAACUGAAAAUAUCUCAUAUAAAAUAACUACUAAUAAAAAAGAAUGCUUUAAAAAAUCAGAAAGA